UCAUGACUGUCUACAGGGCUUAACUCUGUACUGUGAAACUGUCCAGCACUGUAAUAGGAUUUAAACUUUUCUUGUCUUGAAUAGUAACGUUCAAAGUACCUCAUACGGAUCACUAUGGAUGAUCCAUUUGAUUCAUAUCCAGAAAUUGAAGAAAUUAAAGAAGAGCUGCUAAACAAUGGCCCUGCUGCAGCAGCUGAAAAGGCUCAAGAACACUUGAAAAAACUAAACAACAUUCCACUAAAUAUUGGCAUCACAGGAGAGUCUGGUUCUGGUAAAUCUACCUUUGUGAAUGCCUUCAGAGGCAUAGACAACAGGGAUGAGAGAGCCGCCCCUACUGGUUCUGUAGAGACCACCUUAGAGGUUAUACCUUACCACCAUCCAAACUAUCCCAAUGUUACAUUAUGGGAUCUCCCUGGUAUUGGCACCACCAACUUUCCUGCUUACAAGUACCUGGAGCAUGUUGAAUUUGAGAAGUUUGACUUCUUCAUCAUCAUCUCUGACACUCGCUUCAGAGAAAAUGAUGUGAAGCUCGCUCAGGAGAUUCAGAAGAUGAGGAAAAAGUUCUACUUUGUUCGCUCAAAGAUUGACCAUAACUUACGGGAUGAAGAAAGAAGUCAGAGGGAGUUCAAUGCAGAAAGGACUCUGGCACAAAUCAGGGAAAACUGCAUUCAAGGUCUUCAAAAACAAGGUGUUGAUGCUCCACAGGUCUUCCUGGUGUCCAGCUUUGAUCUCCACCUGUAUGAUUUCCAUCUGUUAGAGGAGACCUUAGAGAGAGAACUUCCUGCACACAAGAGGAAUGCUCUGCUGUUGGCCAUGCCCAAUGUCAACCUAGAGAUCAUCAACAAGAAGAAAGAGGCUUUACAGGCCAAAAUAAAAUAUCUUGCAUGUAUGUCUGCACUUAUAGCAUCUGCACCAGUUCCUGGGCUCUCUGUUGCUAUUGAUCUGACCUGUCUGGUUAAUGCUGUCAUAGAAUACCAAGUUACUUUUGGUCUUGAUAGUGGGUCAUUGCAGAAACUUGCUCUUAGUGCACGUGUGCCUGUGGAUGAUCUUAAAGCAGUGAUGAAAUCACCACUGGCUGGUAAAGAAAUAACCAAAGAGCUUAUCAUUAAGCUAUUGUCUUUGUCUGUAAGUGGAGCUGCAUUAAUGGCAGCAGAAGAAGGAUCCAGAUUCAUUCCAAUAUUUGGAAUCCCAGCUGCAAUGGCCCUCUCUUUUGCCUCCACCUACAACAGUCUGAAUACUUUCCUCAACAUGCUCGCUGACGAUGCACAGAGAGUAUUUAAGAAGGCCCUGGGUUUGAACACCUCGGUGUGAUAUCAUAUGGUGAAUGGAAAUAUGGCAUUUAAUGGCACAUAAGUUUUAUAUCCUAGCUGCGCAUUUUCAGUCUAUCAAAUGGCCUCCAUGCAGGUCUAAUUUACUCUAAUUAAUACAAACAUUAUUGACAGUCAACUUGUUGCAGCUUAGUACAUUGGAACUUUCAACAUUUCAACAUUUCAAAUAGGGAUUUUUAUCUUAUUUUCCAUAUAUAAAACCGUGUAUACUGCAAAAGAGCCUAUGAAAUAUUUGAUUGCUUUGCUCUUUGAAUUAUUUUUGUGAUGCAUUGUUGUUUUUGUUGUUAGUAACACUGAUGAGAAGAAGAAUAUUAAAAUUUGUAUCAAUGCUAAUAUUAAUAAUCAUAUUCAGCAGGCUAUUAACUGUAUCUUUAUGAAUAAUAAACCCUUGUGGUCUGUGGAUUUGAUGUUGUGAUGAGUUUUCACUUCCUCUCAGUGGCCACAUUGUGGAACUGCAACACAACGUCAAUUAACAGAAGAUACACAGAUAUUAGAGACAAAUCUGUGAUUUGUGAGUUUGGGUUUUAUCAAUAAAAUUGACUAUAAGUACUGAAUGCAAAACAUAGUUUGGUAAUCUUUCUGCAUUUUCUGAUAGAGUGUAAAACAGGAAGUGUGGUGUUUGCCAACUAUUUACAUCAUGUUUUUGAAAUAAAUAUCUUUGGGUUUUCAAAUAAAAUUCUUCAUUAGAAUGAGCUGAGAUUGGCUGUGUUGUCAUUAUAUGAAACUCUUUAUAAUAUUGUAUUGUAUAUAUUAUACUAUAUUAUUAAACUGGGCCAAGAGGGCGCUGUUGCAACCUGCAGCAGGUGUGUUUGUGUCUGUCAUGCGUUUUUGUCAUCUAAACACAUUAAUAAUGUAUGUUGUUGUGAAUAUAAUAUAAUAUAAUAUAUGUAAUAAUAUAUGUAAACAUAAUUGUGUCAGCAUUCAUAAUAAACACAUAAUUAUCAAAGAUUAUGAACACCUGUCCCAUGUAAUGCUAUUUACACAUGCCAUGUGUUGAUGUCAUGAUGAGCUGGCUAUCUAUCUUUCUGUCUGUCUGUCUGUCUGUCUGUCUGUUUGUAUGUAUGCAUUUAUAAUAAUGUUGGCGUCAUUGGGUUUCAUGUUGUGAUGAGUUUUCACUGCCUCCCAGUGGCCACAGUGGUGAACUACAACACAACAUCA